GUCCCUGACCCGCGGCUAUUUAAGGCAGAGGGGCGGCGGCAGGCAGCAGCUGUGCCGCGACUGCUCUGAGAGGAGUGGACCCGCUAAAAAUCCUGACCAUGACCCCUCGCAGGCUGCUGCCGCCACUACUGCUACUAACUCUGCUUGCUGCCCGCCCAGGAGGUGCCUUGGCGCGGUGCCCAGGCUGCGGGCAGGGGGUGCAGGCGGGUUGUCCUGGGGGCUGCGCUGAAGAGGAUGCGGGGCUGCCGGCAGAGGGUUGUGCGGAAGCGGGGGGCUGCCUGAGGAGGGAGGGGCAGCAGUGCGGGGUCUACACCCCUAACUGCGCCCCAGGACUGCAGUGCCAGCCGCCGGAGGAAGAAGAGGCUCCUCUGCGGGCGCUGCUGCUGGGCCGCGGCCGCUGCCGCCCAGCGCGCGCGCCCACGGGGGAGAAUCCUAAGGAGAGUAAACUCCAAGUGGGAACCACUCGACAACAGGAUGUGAACCGCAGAGACCAACAAAGGAACCCAGGGACCUCUACCACUCCUGCCAGGCCCAGUCCUGGGGGUGUCCAGGACACUGAGAUGGGCCCCUGCCGCAGACAUCUGGACUCAGUGCUGCAGCAACUCCAGAAUGAGGUCUUCCGAGGGUCUCACAACCUCUACGUCCCUAACUGUGACCAUCGGGGCUUCUACCGGAAGCGGCAGUGCCGCUCCUCCCAGGGGCAGCGCCGAGGCCCCUGCUGGUGUGUGGAUCGGAUGGGCCAACUCCUGCCAGCAUCCUCGGACGAUGGAGGCUCCUCUUGCUCCACUGGGAGCAGUGGCUAAGGCUGGGUGGGGGCCUGCAGGGCCACUGGCAGGAGCACGAGGCUGUCAUCUUGGGUCAUUUGUUGAGUAAUGAGUUACUCAGGGGCCCUGAGUCACACAUGCCACCUUCGGGCUCUGCCUCAUUGUCCCCUUCACCCCUGGGACCUCAUACAUGGAAAGAUUGUUAUGUUGACUUGGGGUAUUAAUAAAGCUGUGUUGGGCGUC